AUGUCUCCAGGCUCCGCCGCGCCACUGGAGCAUCCCGGCUGCCUGGGCCUUUGGAAAGCGGAAAACGAUCGUCUGGUCCGGCAGUGGAGGCAGGUAGUGGUUCAGGAUUCUGGACAACUUCUGAAGCAGCAGGCUGUUCUUCACGUCCUUGAGGAAUUCAGGGGGCUCCUCCACAAGCUACAGGGGCUCCCCUCAGCUCUCUCUGUCCUUCCUCUGGAGCUUACUGUCCUGGGUAAUACCCUGACCCUGGGGGUUGGCCUGGUCCAGGGAUUCACGAAGGAUCAUGUUCUGAACAUCCAGCAGGGCCUGGAAAGAGUGCUGAAUGCCCAGGGCAUGCCACUACCCAAGUCAGGAGACUUAUGGGAGGCCAUCUUUCAAAGCUCCUUCAUACCUUCUGAGAUGCUACCCCCUCUACACCACUUGGUGGGCCUACAGGGGGCCUUAUGGCUGACAGAUAACCGUCCUGGAGACCUCAUCAUACUCUUGCAUACUGUGAUGAGUAGCCAGUGUAAAGAAAGUGGUGCUAAUCUCCCUGGAUUUACUGAAGACCUGUUGUCACUGCUACAUGUGUGGGACCCCCCCUUUGAAGAGCCAGAUGCUCCACUGGCCCUACAGGAUGCCAAGAGUCUGAAGGAUGUCCUUCUUACCACAGCUGCAUUCCACCAAGGUCUUCAUGAGCUUCAUAUGGGGAACUUGUCAUUAGCCUUAAGCAGCUUGCAGAAAGCAGCAUUCAGCCUGUGCCCCCGCCCUGUGCUGGUCCAAGUCCACACAGCUCUGGGAGCCUGCCUUCGGAAAAUGGGCCAUCCGCAGAGGGCACUCCUGCAUCUUCUGGAAGCCUUGAAGGCAGGCCUAGCCCCAGGGCCCCCUCUCCUAGAGGCUGCCCGACUAUAUCGGCAGCUUGGCCACACCACAGCUGAGCUGGACAGCUUGAAGCUCCUGGUGGAGGCUUUGAGCAUCCCCCACAGCUCCAGACCACCCUUGUUCCCUCUUGGAGUAGAAUUGCUCAUCACUGCCCUCCGUCCUGAGUCCUCCCUUUACUGUGGGACCCAGAGCCAGGCCAAGCACCUGCUGGCCAGCAGGUGUCUCCAGACUGGCAGGGGAGAGGAAGCUGUGGAACAAUACCUUGACCUGCUGGCCCUGCUGCUGGAUGGAUCCGUGUUACAGGGCAUGAAGUGUUCUGUGACUCUGCCUGGUGGUUCUCCAGCCUCUCGCGUACCGGACAUCUUCUUGGAGACAGCAACAGCGCUGAUUCUUGUGGCCAGAUUCCAAGAUUCACUGACUGUGUGUGAAGAGCUGCUCAGCCGGAUAUCGCUUUUGGUCCCUCAGAAACUGUGGCUGGGUCAGGGGGAACCUAGCCUCUGGCCUUCUCUAUCCCCUGUCUCCCCUCUCCCAGACGACCCCUCAGAGCCUCUGUUCUACCUAUUGUGGGCCUCAGCUGCCCACCUGCUUCAAGGGCAGGCCCAUUCUGGCCUGGGGGCCCGGAGGGAAGCACUGGAGGAGUUUAGCAGGUGCCUUGAGUUACUCUUCCGGGUACAGCCUGUGGCCAGAGUUGUGGAUAAAGGUGCAGACAGAGAUGUAGACCAGGGUUUGAGUAGAGAUGUUAUUAUCUCUAGUGCUGAAGAUGAGCUUCCUUCAAAGAUCUGCCCACCUAUAAGAGUUCUUCAGAAGCUGAAAGUGGUGGCGUUAAUUAGCCGGGGGCUGGAGUGGGUAGCAGAAGGCCGAGAUGCCCGGGCUCUACAGGAUUUCCUCCUUGGUGUGCAGCUUUGCCCAGGUGACCGGAGAGCUUCCUUACAUCUGCUGCACAUCCUUUGGAGGCUAGAGCGGAGGGAAGAGGCCACUGCAAUUUGUCAGAGGCUAGAAGCUGAGGCUGACCAAUGCCAGGAUAACUCUGAGGGUCUUCUUCCCCUAUACUUAGAGUCCUAUGUGAACCGGAUUCCCAUCAGUGAGCAGGAGUCUCUCUUGCAAGAGCUUCGGAAAUCACUGCAGAGGUCUACUUGCCCUUAGUGGACAUUCGAUCCUGACUUCACAGGGAUCUUCUUUGUUUGGCCUCUCUCCUAAUUCAGCCCAGGAGAGUGGCUAAGCCUAGAGUGGGGACUUCAUUAAUGCUGGGGAAAGCCAUGGGUUAUUUCUUCUUCACUCAAAAGUAGAGGGAAGUAUAGGAAUAAUCAGGAAUUGCUCUGUCUCUUUCCCAUCUAUUCAGUUGACAGUCUCCCUAUUAGUGUAUUUUUUUGGCACCUAUUAGCCCAUUCUUUUUUUCCAGUAAAAUCUUCCAUUGGUCUGUCUGCCUGUGCUAUUUAUCUUGUGCUGGAAGUGCUGGUCUCUGACUACAUCCCUUUAUCUGAUACAUUCUAGUGACAUUGGGAGAAUAGUCCCCUACACUCAAUGUGAUUCACUCUUGGAAGUGAAGAUUCCUGUCCUUACCUGAUUUCUUCCUUCACUUAGCUCUUGAGAAAAACACCCCUUAGCAUUUGUUUUGGUGGUGAUCAGUCAU